AAACAAUUUUGAUUUACAGCGCAAACGCGCAAACAUCCGGUCAAAUAAGUCAAUAAAAUCACGCUGCGUAUUUGUUAAUAAGUUGGGUUUUGUUUUGUUUUUGUUUUAUACAAAGCAAAUAAUUCUACAUGGUUUGUUGUGAUAUUCAGAGGAAGAAAAGCGGCUUUGGACGCGCUGUGUUUGUGGGAGAAGGUUGGGAUUGAUUCGUUUCACCUUUCUAGGAAGUGAGUGUAGUGUCCGGGAAGGGGAGGGACUCCGGCGACAAGUCGAAGUCGCUGCUGUAGCUACUCGGAAGGGGUUGCGCCAGAGCAACGCUUUUGCAACCUAAAUACUCAAUUCGGCAUGUUAGCAGCCACGCAGCGGAAGAAUACGUGGCUUUAAUGUUUUUAUUUUGGUUCCAAAGCGCGUGUUUCGGUUCGCCUCGGCCUGCAAGUGCACGCUGUGUACACGUGCAGGGAGCGGAGAAGCCUUUAGCGCAGGCUAACAACAGCAGCUCCCGCUGCUACAACGGACGUCCCUUAAGUUGUCCGUGAACUUUGUCACAUAUCGGGAGCCAUAUAUUCCCAGCAUGCUGCCGGUGCUGCUGAGAAACGGUAGGAGAGCGGUGUCGGUGAUCGGUGGGGUGCGCACGGGCAGAGGUACCGACACCGUCGCACUUGCAGGAGUUCAGCCGCGGCGCUCAAUCAUAGAUCAGUCCUACUCUGUGCACUUUAUGGAUUUCAUGGGAACCUCGAUACCGAGCAGUAUGAAAAAGCUGGUCGUCACCAAGCUGAGCCAUAAUUUCAGAGAGGCCGUUUCUGUGCAGAACGCCGCGGUUCCGACACCCGGCGACAAGGAGCUGCUCGUCAGGAAUCGUUUUGUGGGAGUCAACGCCAGUGACAUUAAUUACUCAGCAGGCCGCUAUGACCCUUCACGGAAGCCCCCGUUCGAUGCUGGUUUCGAGGGUAUCGGCGAGGUUGUGGGCCUUGGCCUAAGUGCCAGCUCCCGUUUUACCAUUGGGGACACCGUGGCCUAUUUUUGCAACGGUGCAUUUGCAGAGUAUACAGUAGUGCCUGCCAAGGAAAGUGUUCCUGUCCCUGCAGUGAAGCCAGAGUUCCUCACCCUGCUGGUCAGCGGCGCCACAGCUUACAUCGCCCUGAAACGCCUGGGCGACCUGGCCAAAGGUGAAACCGUUCUGGUCACGGCGGCAGCAGGAGGGACCGGACAGUUUGCCGUGCAGUUUGCUAAACAGGCGGGAUGCCAUGUGAUCGGGACCUGUUCCUCCGACGAGAAAGCGGGCUUCCUGAAAUCCCUACACUGCGACCGGGCAAUCAACUACACCACGGAGGACUUGGCCAAGACGCUGAGGAAAGAGUACCCAGACGGCAUCGACGUGGUGUACGAGUCAGUCGGAGGCAGUGUCUUAGAAGUCGCUGUGAACAAUUUGGCCAACAAAGGCAGACUUAUAGUGAUUGGCUUCAUCUCAGGCUAUCAGACCCAAGUGGGGAUCCCACAUUUUAAAGGAGCCACACUCCCGGUCAAGCUGCUGCAGAGGUCAGCCAGCAUGCGAGGUUUUUUCCUGCCCCACUUCAUGAGUGACUACAGGGAGGCUCUGGGGAACAUGAUGCAGAUGUUUGUCAAAGGGAGGCUGGUGUGUGAGGUGGACUGUGGCGAUCUGGCAGAAGGAGGGAGGUUUGUUGGCCUGGAGUCCGUUUUCCGUGCUGUAGACUAUAUGUAUGCUGGGAAAAACCUGGGCAAAGUGGUGGUGGAGGUGGCACCACCCUCUGUAAGUAGUAGCAAACUGUAGUCAGCUAUGAUUUACCAGAGUAAAUAACCUCAAAUAAUAAAUGCACUGUGAAUUAGAGUCUUAUAUAUUUAUAUAAUAUAUAGUCUUGAGAUGUUGAAGUGGAAUAAAGAUUGAACUGUAAUUUUUCCAUCAGACUAAAGAGAAUCUUUUUGUCAUCCGUGCAAUAAAAUGACUUAAUGGCUCA